UCCGCCUCUCUCUCUCUCUCUCUCUCUCUCGACGUUCUCUUUCUCUCUCCUCAGUUCGCUCACUCUCAGACACCGCCCAAACCCCACGCCUCUCUCAAAUCCACAAAACCUAGAAUUUCAUUUCCAUGCUCCGUUCAGAUCUUUGGUGCUGAAGUUUCUCUCCGAUAUUUUCCCGAGAAAAUCACCGAUUCGGUUGUUCGGAGAAUCGGAGCUUUGGGAGAUUCGGAAAUGGCGACUUCGACGACGAGCACCGUCUACAUCCAGGUCAUCGAGGAUGUCAUCAACAAGGUCCGCGAAGAGUUCGUCAACAACGGAGGGCCAGGAGAGGAUGUUCUCAAGGAGCUUCAAGGAACAUGGGAGGCGAGAAUGAUUCAAGCUGGUGUAAUAAUUGGUCCGAUAGAGCGGACUGGUGCGCCUAAGCCCGCACUUGGGGGUGCUGCCGCUCCCGUUCACGAUCUUAAUGUGCCGUACGAAGGGAGCGAGGAGUAUGAAACUCCCACUGCUGAGAUGCUCUUUCCUCCAACUCCCAUUCAAACACCUUUACCGGGAACUGCAGACAGUUCGAUGUAUAACAUUCCUACUGGACCUAGUGACUAUCCCACUCCUGGAAGUGAUACUAGUGGUGGUGGGGGUGGAAACAAUAAUGAGGCGAAAACUGGAAGACCUAGCCCCUUCAUGCAACCUCCUUCUCCUUGGAUGAGCCAAAGGCCUCCACUUGAUGUUAAUGUUGCUUAUGUGGAAGGGCGGGAUGAGUUGGACAGAGGAACCCCUCAUCAGCCCACGACACAGGACUUCUUCACGCUGUCUGGGAAGCGAAAACGUGAAGAGUUUGCUUCACAAUAUCACCCUGGUGGAUUCAUACCUCAGCAAGAUGGAGCUGGGGAUGCUGCCUCUGAGGUGUUUGAGAUUGAGUUAAGCGGAGGCAGCACUUCUCUGGGUGGACACGGCAUACUCACCACUGCAAAUAAAGAGGUUGUGGCACAUGUGGCAAGGUCAUGUUCAAAGAUUCCUCAACUUGAUGGACCAAUUCCUGAUCCUUAUGAUGACGUCCUUUCUACUCCCAAUAUAUACAACAAUUAUCAAGGAGUUUUCAAUGAAGACUACAACAUAGCCAACACACCGGCUCCUAAUGACCAGCCAGCAGGUACUCCUGCUCCAGUUGUUCAAAAUGAUGUUGCAGAGGAUGAUGACGAUGAGCCCCCACUGAAUGAGAAUGACGAUGAUGAUUUAGAUGAUGUAGACGAAGUAGAGGAGCAAAACACACAGCAUUUGGUUUUGGCUCAGUUUGAUAAGGUGACGCGUACCAAAAGCAGGUGGAAAUGCUCGCUGAAGGAUGGCAUUAUGCACAUAAACAAUAAAGACAUUCUCUUUAACAAGGCAACGGGAGAAUUCGAGUUCUGAUUUUAUUGGAGAGCAUCUAUUCUGCCAUUUUCUGGCAGUUGUUCUUGCAGAGCAAAUCCAGAGGCAUCAUUGGGUGUUCAGUAAUUUUUCCUUAAUUAUUAUUAUUAAUUGAGAGCUUGAAGAGAGAGAGAGAUGCUUGAUACUUUUAAGACUGGGAUGGGAUGGAUGUUGGCCCGUUGUACAUAAAGCAAAUGAGCUUUUUCGGCCUUUAAAUGGAUGGUCACUUGAGGCAUUUGCAGAAGUUUACCAUUUCUCUAAUGGAAUAUGUAGUUCCAUAAACUCUGUAUACUAUAACAUUUUGGUUAAUCUACGAAUUGCAGUCGGUUUAUUAGUA